AUGGCGGCGGUGACCAUCACACGAUGUCCCAUUAUAUUUGAUGAAACAUCAUGGCUUGUAAAUGUAACAGAACCACCAGUUGAUCCAGUUGAUGUAGCCAUUGUAGAAACCAGGGACAACACAACACCUGACAGAAUGACAAUCACCAUGCCCUACAAUCUCAACAUGGGCAUAGAAUUGAUGCAAAGUGAAAAACCUGUUAGUCUAUCUUUAAAACUGGUUGAUAAUAAGAACGAACUUCGCGAUGUAUACGUGACUAGAAUGAAUAAGGAUGGAAAAAAGAUUCUACAGAAAGUAAACAUUCCUAUCCAUAAAAAUGUUGCCUUUUAUCAAGAUAGUGAGACGGGAGCUGCGUGUAAAGUGACCUGCGAGGGCCUCUCACAAGGACACUGUGACCCUUUACUGACUGGCAGCUUUAAUGUAGAGGGUGUAGAGUAUGCGAUACAAAUGAUACCGGGAGAUGAAAGAGUCAGACGAAGUGUCAGAUCACGUGGUGUACGUCAUAAAGGUCGUCUGUACCAAGUAUUCAGAACGAAAAGACACAUGGCAUCCAUGUCGGAUUAUAUGGACACAGGCGGUGAUCCGAACAAAAUACAAAAGAAAAGAAAAGGCAAUAAGGGUGGAGCUAUGAGACACUCAGAAUCUGUGAUAGAUCUGACAAGUAAUGUAACAGAUCCCAUGGCGAUGCGAACGAGAGGGCGAGUCAUCCAAGGUAACCGUCCGUCACCUCACAGACGUGCCCUCUACCAUCUCGGCCUGCUGUUAGUGAUCGACUAUAAUAUAUACAGGCGAUUUUUCGAUGCGUCAACUGGAAGUUCCCAUUUCGAAAGAGACGAACAAGCUAAAGCCAACAUACGGGAACAUAUGGCUAAUAUAGUGAACGGGGUCGAUCUACGUUUCAAUAAUUUCGAGACGUUUGAGGUAAAGGUUGCUAUAACUGGAUACGUAAUCAUUGAUAAAGAAGAAGAUUCCCGAUGGACACUUCAGAAAAUUUCCAAACGUCCACGUGAUAUUCUGAAUGCCUCUAUUGCUCUGUCAGAACUCUUUGAAUGGAAGAAAGAUUUCCAACAGGAUCUUCCUCCUCAUGAUCACGUGAUGCUUUUCACACAAUAUGAUUUGUACGUAAAUGCCUUUUCAGACACAAAGGUAGCCGGUUUUGCUCAUAUAAAGGCAGUAUGUAAAGACAAAGGUGUUUCUGUUGUUGAAGACGAGGGCGGAUUCGAUAAUAUCCUCACAGCAACGCAUGAGCUGGCGCACAGUCUUGGUGCAAGUCACGAUGGCGACCGUCGCUAUGACAACCAUUGUGACCCUAACGACGGAUUUAUCAUGACAGCUGUUGGUGGAGGCACUGCUGGAGAUGCAACAAAGGGACAAAACUCGUACAGAUUUUCGACUUGUUCGGAAGACCAAAUUAUCGAUUAUUUCGACUCGUUAGGUCCAGGGCACUGCUUAGAAAAGGAAGAUUUUGUAUAUGAUAGUAGAGAGUUUGACAGUCAUGUUAGUACCAUGCUCGGCCAGAAAUACAAUCCGAACGAACAAUGCGCUUUAAAUCUGGGUUACCCGUCAUAUUACGCCUGGGGCGGCAGACUGGGAGAACCACACGAUAUAUGUACCAGUAUGGCGUGUAAAAAUCGACUUAGUAGUGAAAGUUUCAACAUAUUUAACGCUUAUAGAGGAACAUCUUGCGGUGAUAAAAGGUGGUGUAUCGAUGGCGUUUGUAGAAGCUCUGAGUUUGCUCCGGGCAAAAAUGAUGUGUGUGUUCAUGGGGAUUCGCGAAGGAUGUUUGGACCCAAACGCAAUUUGUCAUGUAAAGAUUUCCUGGUGUCCCAGCCUUUCCGAUGUUACGACCCGUAUUACACGAUGUUCUGUUGUAGCACGUGUGCUAGUCUAAAAACAAACACUGUCGGUUGUGAAUACGGAGAUAAAAAUACAACAGAGUGCGCCAUGCUGGAGUCACGGAAAGAUUUGUGCUAUAUUGAAGCGAAUGCUGCCUUGUGUUGCAGCACAUGCGCAAAGCAUUUCACUGGUGUAUCAGGCUGUGAAUAUGGAGAUCGAUACAGAUUGUGUAAUCCCAGCGACUGCAGCACACCAGAGAAUGCCAAAUUUUGCUGUGAAACAUGUGGGGUAUUAGGUUCUACAAGAGACCGACCAGUAUCGCGUCAGGUGACAACGCAGCGAACAACGACGGUUCGACCUGUCUUUACUGCUCGUCCGCCUGCAACACGCCCACCUAAAACGAAAACGCCAAGAGACAAUUUUAGGACGAAGAAAAGAAAUAAUCGACGUCGCCAAUUUCCAUCCAUUAAAUCUAAAAACAAAGGGCAAAUAGAACCCGUUUUGGAAUGCGUUAAAAAAAAUACAACAUUUUUCCAAGCUUCAUGUACUUGGCUAGAUACGUGGCUAAGAGGAAUCUGUAAAAAUAGCCUCUUCAGGUCAACAUGUUGUGAACCAUGUACAACGGCCAUAAAAACGGUUAAAUCACCACUUACUAAAGUUUCAAACAAAAGCAAGUUUCCUCUCUCAAAGAGUAUUCCGCCAUUGCAACCAUCUAAAAGCAAGGAGGCAGUAUUAAAGGAGACUAAAUCAGCCUGUUUCGACAGUGGCCGACACUGUACUGACAUCACCGCACGUCAAUGUUACACCUUGGCCACCAGGAGCAGAUGUUGUGCUACAUGUGAAUCUCUAAGAUCGGACAUACCAGAUUGUCCUUUUGGGGAUAAGAACAGUCGGUGUGCGCCUACUUUUAAAAUGGAUCCGGAGUACACAUGUACUCAGAAACGCUCACUAUGUUGCUACAGUUGCCGUGGUGUGACAACCAUGCGUGGAAAGAAGCAGUCUAUUCCUGGAGUAAAACCGAGAGGACAUUUCCAGACAACCACACCGCGCCCUGCUGGUAGUGCAGCCUCAAGGCACAGUAACUUUAAACCGGUCAAGAGUAGGAGAAGGACGCAGAAAGGAGGACGAGGUCAUCGUAUUUAUGGAUCGGAGAGAGCUGCUGGAAGAGAUGCAGCAGCCAAACGAUUUCUAGAGCGAAGAGAAAGAGAGCGACAGAUGAGACGCAGAAAUAGAUUUGUCUCAAAUUUUCGAAACAGAAAUCGUGGAUAA